AUGGCGGACAUUCAGACGGAACAUGCUUACCAAAAGCAGCUCACAAUCUUUCGAAACAAGAAGCAUGUUCUGCUUAGAGAAACCAGCAAGGAAAAACUCCCUCGGUACUAUAAAAACAUCGGUCAAGGCUACAAGACACCCAAGGAGGCCAUCGAGGGCACCUACAUUGACAAGAAAUGCGUGUUCACUGGCAAUAUCUCUAUCAGAGGUCGGAUCCUGUCCAGUGUCUUGACCAAGAUUAAGAUGCAGAGGACCAUUGUCAUCAGCCUGGACUGUCUUCAUUACAUCCGAAAGUACAAUUGCUUUGAGAAACACCACAAGAACAUGUCUGUGCACCUGUACCCCUGUUUCAGGGAUGUACAGAUCAGCGACAUUGUCACUGUGGGAGAGUGCAGGACCCUGAGCAAGACUGCGUUUCAACGUGCUCAAGGUCACUAA